UUACGAAUACCAAGCAAAAGCUGUGUCUGAGCUGGCAUCCAUCCCCAUUGCUUUGUCCGUGUGUUCCAUCCAUCGCUACCGGCCAAAGCUGCAUGUCUCUCUCUCUCUCUCCGUCUGACCCCCCGUCCGUCCAUCCAUCCCCCGAUCUCCGUCAUCACAAGGUAUCUUCGUACCCCCCUCCACCCCCGAUCUACUUUUAGCCUCUUUUUGCUGGGCUCAAGUUUCGUUAUUUUUUAUUUUCCUCACAUCAGGUCGCCCUCUCUCUCUCUCUGUCUCUCUUACUCUCGCCCAUCUCUGAUACCCACCUCCCCUGCUCUUCCGUUCUGCCCAGUCAGUCCAACGGAAGAUUUUUGCUCGCGCCAAACGGGACCAUUCCUUCUCGAGCUCGGGGUGUCAUUCCACGAAUAACAGUCCAUAGUUCGCGGGUGAGGCGGCCCAGCCCGGACAAGGACAGCUUCCUGCUUUUCUGCCACCCGGAAUCUACCCACUCACUUGGGUCAUCUACCGAUCGACAAUCCUCGACCCCUUCGGUCCCUCUUAAGCCCUUGAGCUUUUCUUCCUCUUCCUACCUCUCCUGUUCUUACUUCUCUUCCCCUACCUUCACCUUCCUGAUUCUUCCCAGGAUCAUCAACCAGUGAACCCCUCACCCUCCUAACACAUCACAUUACCAUUGAGGGAAAGCAUUCACCAAAAGGGCAUCCCACACCCUACCCGCCCGGACUGGUCACCUAUACCAGACGCGCCUCCUACCGUCAUCGUCCCGUCCUUCUCGGACUCGGUCUAAACCUCACCGAGUAGAGAAAUCACAAGAAAACACACACAAGAAACACACACAAGAAACACCCGCCAGCAUGGCGUCUCGUUUCUCAAGCCUGAGAAGGCCCGUCGCCAUCGCUGCCGCCGCGGCAACUGGUGGUGUCGUCGCCUACUCAACCUUCCUCAGUGGCCGCGGCGCUCACAACUUCGACAAGGCCCUCGUCGAGCUCAAGCGCGAUGACCAGGGCAAGAUUGUCCCGCCUUCAUUCCCCGCGACAAAGGACCGCGCCUCACAGCUGGCCGACCUGCGCGCUCACAACUCCGAUGCCCAAGAGUACGAUCUCCUUGUCGUCGGCGGCGGCGCCACGGGAACCGGCAUCGCUCUCGACGCCGUCACCCGCGGCCUCAAGGUCGCCCUCGUCGAGCGCGACGACUUCUCUGCUGGAACCUCGUCUAAGAGCACCAAGCUCGUUCACGGCGGUGUCCGCUACCUCGAAAAGGCCGUCUGGAACCUCGACUACUCACAGCUUGAGCUCGUCAUGGAGGCUCUUCACGAGCGCAAGACCUUCCUCAACGUCGCCCCGCACCUGUCCUCUUCUCUGCCUAUUCUCCUGCCCAUCCAGAAGUGGUGGCAGACUCCUUACUUCUGGGCCGGCACAAAGGCCUACGAUCUCCUCGCCGGUUCCCAGGGUCUCGAGAGCUCCUACUACGUCUCCACCAAGAAGGCCAUGGAGGCCUUCCCCAAGCUCAGAAAGGAUAACAUGGUCGGCGCUCUCGUCUACUAUGACGGCCAGCACAACGACUCCCGCAUGAACGUCUCUCUCGCCCUCACCGCCGCCUUCUACGGCGCCACCGUCCUCAACCACGUCGAAGUCACCUCUCUGGAAAAGAACUCCUCCACCGGCAAGAUCACUGGCGCGCAAGUCCGCGAUGUCAAGAACCCCGGCAGCCCCCCCUUUACCGUCCGCGCCAAGGGCGUCAUCAACGCUACUGGCCCCUUUGCCGACGCAAUCGAGUGCAUGGACAACCCGGACCGCAAGCCCAUCGUCGCCCCGGCCUCUGGUGCGCACAUUAUGCUGCCCGGCGACAUUUGCCCCAACGGAAUCGGUCUCUUGGAUGCUGCUACCUCUGACGGUCGUGUCAUUUUUGUUCUGCCCUGGCAAGGAUACACUCUGGCUGGAACCACGGAUAACGCUGCCCCCGUCGAGCGCGAGCCCAUUGCCCGCGAGGACGACAUCAAGUUCAUUCUCAAGGAGGUCAACAAGCUGAUUACCCCCGAGUCCGCCCUGUCCCGUGCCGACGUUCUCUCUGCCUGGUCUGGAAUCCGCCCCCUGGUCAAGGACCCCAACGCAAAGAACACCGAAUCCCUCGUCCGCUCCCACCUCGUCACCGUCUCCUCCUCCGGCCUCCUCACCUGCGCCGGCGGCAAGUGGACAACCUACCGCCAAAUGGCCGAAGACGCCGUCGACGAAGCCAUCAAGACCUUCAACCUCGCCCCCAAGCCCGUCUCCCUCCCCGACAUCUCCGGCGCAGGCCUCGCGCCCUUCACCACGACCGGCGCCUGCAUCACCACCAAGAUCCCCCUCGUCGGCGCCCACGGCUUCUCAAAGCACCUCCCCGGCCACCUCAUUAACCACUUCGCCCUCGACGCCGACGUCGCCCACCACCUCGCCCACAACUACGGCGACCGCGCCUGGUCCGUCGCCACCACCCCCGCCGACCGCCAGCGCAUCAUCCCCAACUUCCCCUUCGUCGAGGGCGAGAUCCGCCACGGCGUCCGCGCCGAGGCCGCCCUCACGGCAACGGACCUCAUCUCCCGCCGUACCCGCCUCGCCUUCCUCGACGCCGAGUCCGCGCUCCGUGCCCUGCCGCGCGUGAUCGACGUCAUGGCCGAGGAGCUCGGCUGGGACGCCAAGCGCAAGGACCAAGAGUGGACCGAGACGGUGCACUUCCUCCGCUCCAUGGGCCUGUCCCCCGAGAAGUUCGGCGUCACCCGCGACGAGGUUCUCCGCAGCGGCACCGCCACGUCAGCGUACGCGCCCAAGUCGCAGAUCGCGGCCUCGGCUAGCGGGAUCAAGUUUGCGCCCAACGAGAUCCAGGCCGGCGGUGCCCUGGCGAGAAAUAUCACCGAGGCAUAGAGCAGUCCCUCUUCAUCAAGGAUGACUGUUUCUCUUGUCUUACUAUUUCCUUGUGUAUUUGACGAUACGUGUGUAAGGGAGACGAAGAGGAGUGAGAGCGAGAGCAUUUUGGCCCGCAAAAAAGUUGAAACCCAACUGGAGCCGAUGAAUAGCUACGCUCCGUUGCGUGUGUGUUGAUUGAAAUCCUUUUUUUUUACUUGGAUUUCCGAAACGAAAACCCUGGGAUACCUAGAUAGAACGGGGGUAUUGGCGUACUUUUGGGGGCAAAGGGAGGGAUUGGGCAUUUUGAGAGCAGCACCGACUGUGUGUACGAUUCUUCUCAUCUGUGUUUCCAUCCAACCUUUUUUUCUGGGUUUUUUCAUUUUCCUUUUUUUACCUAGUUCAUUAGUAGCAUAUGGCAUCAAACGCUGGUGCAAAGUUCCUCCUCCCAGAAAGGAGUUGGACUUGAGUGCGUUUACACAAAUUACCCGCAUAGAUGGCUUUGGCCAUUGAAUAUCAAGAUAUCAUUAC